CCGUAAUACAAAAAGCACACUAAGUAACUAUAAUAUGAUGUAUUUAUUUAUUUAAAUUAUCAACUCUGAUUUUAUGCGUCCUUAACAACAGACUUGCCAUAUGAUGGCAUUAUAUAUUAAGAAAGAAACCACACAACAUAUCAUCACAAAAUUCACAAGUUGACUACUGGGCCAAGAUAUAGAAAUAAAAGAUUUCUUAAGUUAAACUGGCCAUGAUGGAUGAACUCAUUAACAAGCAGAGAGUAAUUAUUGAUGCCCUGAGAGUAACAUUUAUGAAAUAUUUACAACCCGAGGUUAUUGUACAAAUAAAUGAGUAUAUCAAAAAUCAUGAGGCUGAGAUAUUUUCAACAUGUGAGCGAGAAUCAUGUGUACAUGAUUUAAUAAGAUGGGCGUUGGAAAAUGAUGAAGCAAUGCUAAACUUUAUUCAGGCUUUAAAGAGCAUUUGUGAACUCUCUGUUUCAACUGCAUUCAUUGAGGUUAUGGUGCAAGGUCCAACAGGCAAUGCAGAUAUUCCAGUGUUCAAAUAUUUAAACUCUAUUGUUGGCCUAAUUGAUGAGAGCUUAACAAAGAAAUUGACAACUGAUGAUAUGAAUUUUGUACUGCAUAAGUUAUUUGAAGAUAAGAUUAUCUCACAAGAAAACUAUGAUAAAUUAAUGGCAAUAGAGGACCCAAUGCAAUGUUGUUCAAGCCUUUAUGGAAAUAUCAAGAGAGGAAAACACGAUUGGGUGUUUGUUUUCAUUUCGGCUUUGUUUGAAAAAAAUCCAAGCAUUCUUAGUAAUAAUAUCCGCUUAGUUGAAGCUGGUCAACUAAAUGACAAAGAUUCAACAACACCAAAAGAAUGUUCAACUACUGCAGCCUCAUUAUCUAGUCACCACGGUGGACAUUUUGAUAUACCAGAAUCUGAAGUAUCAAGAGAGUACACUGAUGCCAAAAGAAUUUCUGAAAACUGUAAAGUUGAAUUAACAACAUCUGAGUUAAAUAAACCAAUUACAAAGAGAAUGUUAAAGAAUAACGUUAUUGACUCCAAACAUAUUGAAGAAGUGAAGGACAAUUACAUGAGUUAUGGAGAAGGUGCUUGCUGUUCAGAUGAAGAUGAGGAUGAAGAUAAAACAUCCACAGACCCUCCCAGCCUUAAUCUUAAAGACUAUCAAGUUGAGUUGGCACAGAAAGCACUAGAUGGCUUAAAUACUGUUAUUGUGGCCCCAACAGGAUCUGGUAAAACAAGAGUAGCAAUAAAAAUAAUACUGCAACAUCUUGAAAAGAAUUCUGGACGAAACAAGAAGAAAAAGAUAGCCUUUUUCACACGUACAGUUCCUUUGGCAAUACAACAAAUGGUUGUGCUUAAUAAAUUUUUACCAGAAAACUACAAAGUGAAAACUAUUACAGGGCAAACUGAAGAUGCACUUUCAUUUAAUUUACUGAUUGAACCUAAUGAUAUUUUUGUGAUGACACCAACAAUCUUUGAGACUGGUCUGAAAAAAGGAACCAUAAAGCUUUCACGUUUUUCUUUAUUAAUUUUUGAUGAAUGUCACCAUGUACGUAAGGAUGAACCUUACAACAGAAUCAUGUAUUAUUACUUGAAAAUCAAGAUAAAUGGCAAAGAAAACAGAAAAAAAAAUUUACCUCAGAUUAUUGGUUUGUCAGCAUCCAUUAAUGUGGAUAAAGCUACAACAUCAGAAGAAGCAGUGAGCAGUAUCUUGAUUACUUGCAGCAACUUAGAUGCUCCACACCUUUCUACUGUAGUAGAGAAUAUCAAAACACUCUCAGAGACUGUGCCAGUUCCAAAAGAAGAGGAUUAUCAGUUAAAGGAGAGAGAUGUUAAUGACUUUUUGCUUGCAAUUAAAACAACUAUUAAGAAACUUGAGGAGUCUGUAAAGAUGCAUGCUGAAGUCCUGCAGUGUGAAAAAAUCAAUGAACAUAUUAAAAAAAUACCUGGCAACAAAAAAAGCCAGGAUUAUGAAAAUUGGAUUGCGGUCUUAAAGAAAGCCACUAGAUGUUACCCCAUCAUUGAUUUUGAAAAAGAGACAAAUUUAGCUGUUCGUUCCACUAUGAUAAUUGCUGAUUACCUGUUGGGCUAUAGAUCUGCUUUAGAAUCAUAUGACUUGUUGGAUAUGAUGGAUGUCAUAGGUCAAUUGAAAAAUAAGUUUUCAACCUUCAGCGUAGAAGAGCACAGAAGUAAACAAGAUGAUGAGUACUAUGGCUACUUUGAAGAUUUGGUAAAAGGGAGCCAGGCUAUAAAACAAGACAACAAUCCCAAUUUGAACAUUCUACGGAAAACGUUGUUGAAGUUUCUCAAUGACGGAAAUUCAAGAGCAAUCAUCUUUGUGAGGACUAGGGCACUUGCUGAGUCUUUGACUAACUGGCUCUCUAGAACUAAUGACUUAAAGUAUUUAAAUGCACACAUUUUUACUAGUGCAAAUGUCACUGAACAAAGUGGAGGCAUGUCCCCUGAAGAUCAAAAGGAAACACUCAGUCUUUUUUUAUCUGGAAAUAUAAGGGUUUUAGUAGCAACAUCUGUAGCUGAAGAAGGUCUUGAUAUACCUGAGUGCAGUCUCAUCAUCAAGUACAAUCAUGUGGGCAAUGAGAUCUUUAAUAUUCAGACUAAAGGCAGAGCUAGAACAAAAGGUGCUUCUUCAUUCCUACUGGCGUACAGUGAUGUUCUAAGCAAGGAGCAAAUCAAUCGUGAAAAGACAAAAAUAAUGAAUAAAGCAUUUAUAUUAAUUAAUACAAUGCCACAUAAAACAAUCGAAAGCAUUGUUACAAAAAAUCAAAAAGAUAUUUAUGAAAAAAGAAGAUAUGAAUUAGCCUUGAAGGCCAAAAAGCAGCGAGAACUAUUACAUGAAGAAUUUACACUGGUUUGUUCAAUGUGCAGAAAAGUGUGCAUUAAAAGCAGUGAUAUCAGAGUGUAUGAUACAUUUAUGCUUUCUGUGGAUAAGGAACUGCUGAAAGCUAAACUAAUCGAAUGUUUGGAAACAAGAAAAAAGUUCUUGACAGAUUUUACAGUUAUUGGAGCUGUUUACUGUCGAGGAAAGUUUAGUGAGGGCAAGACAUGUGGACAUAAGCUUGGAACAAUGAUAACAUUUUCAGGUUCCCCAUAUUUGGCAAUAAGUAUCAGAAAGUGCUGUGUUUACAAAAACAACCCAGAUAAACUGGAACAAUAUGAAAAAUGGAGUGAUGUACCUUAUUUUAUAAAAGAAAUGGAUAAUGAUGACCCUUAUCUAUACAAUGAUGUACCCCAGGAGUCCAGUGAUGAUGAUGGGGAUGAUAAGGAUGAUGAUAGUGAUGAAGACAAUGAAAAUACAAGUUGCAUGAAAAUUGUAGACAACAUUAAACCAACAGAAAAACAAAACAAUGUCCAACAGUUGACAGUUAUAAAUGAUUCUUCAGACAGUGAUGAUUGCAAACCACCAGAGACCAGGCUUUUUCUCAAUGUAAUGAACUCUUCUGACUAUGAUGAUUAGAGUUUGUGAAUUAUAGAGAAGUUUUAAACCUACACUAAUUUGUUUUUGUAAAAGAAGCAGAAAAUUUAAUAGAAAACACAUACAAAAUAACUUUGAUUUUAAAAAGUAAAAUAUGCCAAGAGAGUUAAAUAUGUGUGGCAAUGUUUUUUGCAUGCCUAAUUGUUUGGGAAUAGUACAGUGGAAAUAAUAUGUCUUUCUUCAUGUUAACCUCAGCCACUGCAUUCUUAAGUAGUAGGACAUAACAGCUGUAAUUUGUCUCAUAAAAUAAAAGUUCACAAUUACUUUU